AAAUCCGGGGUAAUGAAAAGAGCGUGAGUCGCUCUGCGCUCUGCACGGAGGAGAAACUGCAGCUGCUCAGAGAGGAGUCGGGACAAGAUCACCAAGAAAUUUGAAAAAUAAGACCUAAAAUGAAAUAUUCAACCUCCAAAAUUUCCCCAGCCAAGCUGAACAACGCAACAGGCAAAUCCCUGGUAAAAACUCGUAAGUUACCAAAAUCCCAACAGAAGACCAGAGAAAUCUGCCACGUCUACCACAUGAAGCUCCGUUCUGGCCUCAUUAUAAGAAAGGAGGCCUGUUACUUUGAGAAAGAAUCCACCAAAAAGUAUUUGCAAAAAUCACGUAGAAAGCAGCAUGAAGGGCACUCCUCUGCUGCUGUGAAGAACAACCGGUCUGGUCCAGUCGGUGCGAGAGGUCCCAGUUUUAAAGCAAGUGCCGAACCACGUCGUAGCAUAGAGAGUACCAACGGGAUUUCACCUGUUGAAAUAUCUCAAGCCUCCCUGAGCACAUACAAUGACCAAUCUGUUAGUUUCAAAGUUUUGAAGGACGGACGCUAUGUGAUCAACGUUGAAGACUCUGGAGAGUUCGAAGGAAACGACAAGAUGCUGCUACGUUACUAUGAGUCUUCGCGGUCCUCAAGUGAAUCAGGUGAUGGUGUGGAUGGGAAGUUGCUGAUGGUGGACAUGAGUCCUGUGAAAGACACAGACAUCAGGCUGCACGCCAAUGAGCAGAACCACUGUGUGAAGCUUGAAAAGUGUCAAGCUCCCCUGCCACCAGCGGUCUUUUUCAUCGUUCACGAAAAGGCCUCCAACUAUGUUUCAUUUGAAUGCACGAAUCAGCCUGGGACAUACAUAGGAGUAAAGGAUAACCAGCUGGCUCUAUUAGAAGGAGAGAAAAAUAACGAUGAAAAUAUUAUGUUUAAGCUUUCUAAACAAGAAGAGGGUGGGUCCAGGGUUGAAUGACUCAAUGUUACCACCAAAGAAAGGAUGAGAGAAAGCAAUCGACAUCUAAGGGGAUGGCUUAAGAUGCUGUGGAAUGUUAUCUUUUUAUCUUUUUAUAUAUAAAAUUCUUUUCUUUUUCUCUGCACCACUACACAUUCAAUCAAAACAUGCAUAUAUAGCACAGGGCAUUGGUGAAGAAACUGAACAACAUUCAGCCUUGGCUUUUACCUUUGUCUGCUUUGAGUCCUGAAUGAAUUCACACUUCCAGAUUUCUUCAGAUGAGCGAGCACCAUAGCUCAUGCUAUGCUUUAGACGAGGGUUCAUUUUAAAAGCCUUAAAAAGAAUACAUGGUUUCUCCCUGGUUCUAAAGAAAAGGUUGAAGUCCUAAAGCAGCUGGUGGAGGGCCAGCUGCCGCACAGACUGACCAUAUCUCAAAUAGACCAAAGCACCAAAUGUAUUGGCAGCUGCCCCCGGGGCACCCCUCAGACCAGCUCUUUCUGUCAAGAAACCUAGUGCUCCAAAUGCCUACCUGCCUAGACAGGUUAAGAUAAAUCUGUGAAAACACAGGAUAACUGAAAAAAUAAAGAAAAAGAAAGCCAGUAUUUGUAAAGUGGAAUAAUGUUACCUCUACUUCUUUCCUUGGGGCAUGGGGUUGGGGACAGGGUUUCUCUGUGUAGUCCUGGCUGUCCUGGAACUUGCUUUGUAGAUCAGGCUGGCCUCGAACUCACAGAGAUCCGCCUGCCUCUGCCUCCCAAGUGCUGGGAUUAAAGGUGUGCGCCACCACCGCCCAGCUCUUUGUUCCCUUUUGAAAAUCCUGAUCUCUUUUUAAGGUAACAGUUUAAGUUUAAGCAAUAGUAAUCUUACAUUAAAAACUGGAACACAUUUUAGUUCACAACUGUGGCUGAAAUCAUUGGCUCUCUUUAAUAAACUUAAACUCUUCUGUGAGUACUGACCAGGCCGUGUAUUAGGGCAUCCACGUAGGAUGGGACCUCAAAAGGCAGUCAGAAGUCCUCCUACUAGGAAGACACCGAACGAACUUCACAUUCUCAAUAGCUGGCUGUGGCCUGUGUUUAUGACAUGCUAUGUCUUUAAAUAACUGGCUAUGGCCUGUGGUUUGUGGCACGCUGUGUCCUCACCUGUUUCCAAAGAGCUAUCACUAUGAAUGUGUGCAUCAACUUGGAAGGAAUCUCUCUAUGGCUUGCUUUUCUUACACACAAAUUCUUUUGUUGCUUGGGUUCACUGGGGGAUAUGUUAGCUUAACUUUCUCCCUUUCUCUGGUUCUUUUGACCAAUGUAUCUUUAACAUAUCUCCUAUUCCCUAAACUUCAUUUUUGUUUUCUCUAAUGCCUACGUACUAACACUUUUAUUCUGUUUUUUUUACUUUACACUCUAGAAUUUUAUAUGUACUGACAAGUCACAAAGUUGUUUACUAAACGUUUUGUGUGUUUUACUGUUACUGAAGUAGUGAGAUUUAUAUUCAACCAUACAGUAAUGUUUUAAGAUAUUAAAGGAAUAGCUGGCUUAUUUAGACAAUAGCAAUUUCUACUACAUUUUUAUUGGCUUAAAAUUUACAGUAAAUACAAAAAAUAAUAACAGAAAACAUUCUUCUAAAAGUACAAGCUUUUAAUUUUCAAUUGAUGAAAGCUAUUAUAUGUAAUACCUGGUUGGAUGUAUGAAAAGAGGCUGGGGAUUGCUGUAUAUGAUUAUACAAUUAUAGCAUGAUAUAACUGUUUCAUUAAUUUUCACUGUUUUACUAUAGAGACAAAAGUGAAACCAGAAUCCAUGUCAUCUCCCUGGAAACCUCGAUGUUAACUAUAUAAAUUUGUACAAUAUACUUAAAAUAAUAAUUAAGUAGUCAAAUAUGUCCAUGACAUUGUUUAUAACCUUGAAUAAACUAUUUAUCAAAAUCA